UCAACAAUUCCUAAGCACACGCAGGAAGUAUGUAUUGCGGGCAUGUUAUUAGUGUGAUCUGUAUCGUUGCUGAGUUAAUAUCUCGUAUUGUGUAUACAGAAUUUUGAUUUCGCCAAGGUGCCCAGCAGUGUUUCGCACAUUCUUUCUAAAGAAUUCUUAGAAACAUAUAAUUCUAAAGAAUUCUUAGUACAUUCUUUCUUUCUGUCGUAUAAAUAAAGCACUGGUUAAACGUUACAUACGCCGACAUAAAGUAAUGAUAAGACGUCUUCAGUAUCAACGAGAAAAGGUUCGUCGAUAUGACGAUCUGUUCUUCCAUCCGCUCAUUUGUCACGUUUGCAAGCGGUUGAAUGAUGGGAACACAUUUCUUUGUGGUUGUGGCGUAAUCUCUUACUGCUGUGAAGAGCACAUGACGAUGGACCGAGAACAAUCCGACGAUAACGUCGGUCAUGGCGAGAUCUGCGACGUUAUAAAGCAACUGAUGGACAAAAAGUUAAUGCGAGGAUUUUCUGGCGGAACCAUUUAUGAGUGGGACAAUUGCAAAAAUAACUACAUGAGAUUGAUCAAGAAUAACCUACUUCGUGAGCUGACGCGACAUGAAAAACUGAUGAUAUCGUACAUAAGAGCGUGCCUCAUCUGCUAUAAAGAGACAGAUCUUAAGCCUUGUAAAUCGUGUUUCUGCGUUGAUUAUUGCGAGGCUCAUUGCAUUAAAGACGACCACCCGUGCGACGAGCUGAAGGCAUGGCUCUACUUUGAAAUACAAGCUAUCAGCAUAAAUUCAGUUCCCGAAUGGCUAACAUUUCAUGACUUUCCUGACAGAGGCGUUGUAGAUGAUAUGCAAUCAUUUUAUAAAACCGGCAAGGAAUAUGGAUAGAAAUAAUUUAUCAUCGUGGGAAAUUUUUUUACACAUCUUCAAGAAACCGACGAAAUUAGUCGUUAUAUUGAUAGGGAUGGGGCUAACAUCAGAAUUCGAGAACAACUGCGGCAUACUUCAAACUUGUUGGGAGAAAUGCAUGUCUUUGGGACACCAACUUUAUUUUAGUUGUCAUCGUAUGUUAUAUUAUGACUAUGCGAAAAGUGUGUUAUUUACGGCACCAAACGUGAUUAUAGGAUUUCAACUAGAGAGGAGUUUUGAUUAUGUGGACUCAUGGGUGCAAUUUUUAACAUCGCUCAAGGAUCCACUUUGCCCGGUAAUUAUAACGACUAAGUCGAGAAGUAGCUCACUGAAGUUCAUAAAUUAUAUAAAAAGUUCUCUGUCUGAAACUGUAAAACCUAUUAUUGAGAGAUUAAAUAAAUUUAAGUCUUUGAGGCCACAGAGAGAUAAUAGGACUGGUAAUCUUUUUUAUCUUAACGAAUAUAUAGUUAUUUAUGUGAAUUUAAAUAUUCCGCUUUCUAUGGAUAAAUGUAUUCAGGCAUAAUUGUAUUAUUGCUUUCGUAGCAUUUUAUUAUGAAUGAUAGAUGUCGAUAUUUUAUGAUAACGCUUGUCGGAGAUUGCCGAAGAUCCACGUCCGUUGAAGUACGUUUCCAACUUUUCAGCGCGUCCAGAAUCCAAACUCUCUUUCUGCAAUUUAUACAUUUGUUAACUUGUACGACGGAUUGCACACCGGCGAUAAUCGAUUGUAACAGUAGUCGAAGUGACAUAAUACAUUGUAAAUAUCGGCUUUUCAUUACACUCUUAUCCGACUGCUUUUCUUGAAUUCUCAGUUGCAGUUGCGAUACUUCAUUUAAUUGUCUCAUUUUACCAGAGAAAAGUGUCGUGCGUAUGACAGUGCUUGAACGAAACCAAAUGCGAUUAUAAAAUAUCACGUGUAACUUAAUAAUGGGCAGACACGGCUGCGAUUUGUAGUAGUAGUAGUAAAGAUGUCAUAUUAGUGACACUGCCAGUUAGUUUUAAUAGCUAAAUCGUAAGUUAAAUUAUAAGGAUAGAUAAACAACAUGUUCAGAAUCUGUUUGAUAAAAUAUUUAAUUUUAGCGCUCGUAAAUCAUUAAAAAACUACGAUAUAACCUUUUUCAUUGUAAUAAAUAUUUUAUUGUUUAUAAAGAUUAAUAUGACGUAAGUCGGUCAAUCGACGAUAGUAGCAGUUCUACUGCAUGAUUAUAUCAUUAUGUUAAUAAUAUAUUUAUAAAAUUAUAAUAAAAUUAUUAUAAAAACAA